AUGGAAACUCAAAAGGUGCAGAAAAACCAGUGUGACAUGAAAACAGAUCUGAACUUACUGCUUGAAUGCCUUAAAUAUCAGAUGGACUGCCCUGUGUCUCAGAAAGAGGCUUUGAUCACUAUUUAUUCAAUUUGUCAACAAAACAGUGAAGCAAGCGAAUAUUUUCGAGAAAUUGGUGGCUUGAUGUUUAUAAAUGAUCUUGCAAAGUCAAGUGUUCACUGCAUAGUAAAGGAAGCGGCUUUAUUUACAUUAGGAAUUAUAAUAGAGAGUAAUGUUUAUUGUCAGCAAACCUUGUGUACUUCUGCAUUGUUUGAAGACCUCAUUUUAUUUUUAAUUAAUAAGGAUUCUGGUGUGAACUUGAAAAGAAUGUCUGUUUAUGUCAUCUUAGUACUGGUUUCAAAUAAUAAAAGUGGGCAAACCUAUGUCAGAGAUACAGGCUGCAUUGGUCUUCUGCUACAGUUAUUCAGAACAACUCUUUCCACAUCUGAGAUCAAUCUGUCAGAUGAAAAUACUAAUCAGUGCUACCAGCUGUGGUCUUCAGUCUGCAGUACUCUCUGUGCCUGUGUUAACAAUCCUCAGAAUGAAGAUAAUCAAAACAUUUGCUGUUCAGUUUUUCCAUAUGCCAAAGAGUGGCUUGAAAGUUGCACGGAGCCUGAGAUAGUUCGUCCUAUUUGUUCAUUUGUUGGUCUCACAGUUGCAAAUAACUCAUAUGUGCAGAAAUAUUUUGUUUCUGUUGGAGGAUUGGAUACAUUAGCUCAAGUUCUUAUCAAGCUUAUGCAUGAUUCUUGUAUGAGUCACUCAAGCACAAAACUUGCAGUAGUAGUAACAAAGACCUUGGAUGCCUGCAUUGCUAAUGACUCUGCCAUGGGUGUUGUCUUGACAAAGUAUCACACUGUGUCAGAGCUACUGAAGCUGCUGUCUAAUGACACUCUGGAUACAGGAGAAAAAAUCAGUAUUAUUCUAACAAUUGGACACUGUACUGAAGUUUGUGAAGAAAACCAGUGUGAACUGCUUCAGAGCAAUGGUCUUCCACUAAUGAUUCAGGUAUUAACUGAGUCUCAGGAUGAGGAACUAAACAAAGCUGCUACUUUUGUGCUGCAAAACUGCAAACAAAUGACUGAACAGUUGUCCCUGAAAAUAAAUGAUAAUUCAUUGAACGUGAACAAUGCAGAAGAGUUGGAUGUGCAAGUCAGAAAAAGAAGUCUACAAGACUACUGGAAGAAAGCAAAAGAAAUUUUACACAGAAUAAACUUGAUUGAAAAAGAACAUGAUGAGGUUGGCCUAUUUACCAAAGUAAGAUAAAACUAAGCAAAUCUUUCCAGAGUUUAGGGAGAAAUAGAAAGUAAACCCUUAAGAUAAUUUCCAUCUUCAGAAGCCAAUAUUGAAGCAUCAAAAUACCAUGAAGUGAAUCCUGCUGAUCCAAAAACUUCUAUCAAAAGAACACAUAAAGAAAUACAUUGUCCACAGUUGACCUUUAAGUUGGAUGAUCAGGUUCUUGCUCCAUCUGUAAAUUCUUCUCCGCUGAAAAAUGAAAUAGUGAACGCUACGGAUCCAGUAAAUGCUUCUACUAGACAAAGUGGACAGACUAAUAUUCCAUGUUCAGUUAAUGAACUGCAAACAGACAGUGUACUUCAACGUCACAGUAUAAAUGAAAAAACUGCUUGUGUAAAAAAUCAGUCUAUUCUUCAAGUAAGUGACCACUUAUUUAAACAACCAGCAGCGACUGUUAAAAAUAUGAAACAAACAUGCACAUCAGAUCAACAUUCAUUCUACUCAGAGAUAACCAAGGAAGAAAAAAGUACUUCACCUACAUCUGCAUCCCAUAAAAUGGCAAAUUUAAGGUGUUCAGGUUGUACAGCAGGAGGACUGUCUUUCAAUAGUAAAACCUUUACUAAGAUGUUGCAAAAUUGUCCAUACCAGUGUGACCGUCACAAAGUCAUUCUGGAAGCUGAAGAAAGAUACAAAAAGGAACUUUGCAAAUUGGCUGUUUGUAACAACAGUAGAUAUGCAACUAAUGAGAGUAUUCUUUUGACCCCAAUUAGAAAAAACAAAUCUGACACUUCAAAUAGAGACGAACAUAGUAAAAAUACUAGGUUGACUGAUGACUAUAACUUGAUACCUACGUAUGAAAAGUCUUUCCAAAAAAACCAAGAUGCUAACUUGAAGAGACAAAGAAUCAAAGAAAUGUGCAAUCAGCAAUGUCAGCACUUAAAAGAAAAUUGCAUAUAUUCACUUGACAAAGAUGAGAACAAUGAAAUAUGUUCCUUGGGCAUUAACACAAGAAGUUUAAACAAGAGAAGAAGAACCCGAAAAGAUUUCACGACUGAAGAAAUUAACUGUCUUUUGAGUGGAGUAAGAAAAAUGGGUAAUCACUGGAAUUUAAUUUUGUGGUCUUAUCCAUUUCAGAAAGGACGGACAGGUGUUGAUCUUUCCAAGAAAUACUACAGGUUACAGUUGCAAAGGCAAGAAAAAAACAAAGAUCAUCAAUAACAUCUUUCAAGAGUAUUUUGGAUUUUGG